AUGUCAGCGAUGGAAAAUCUUGUCAAUGCUUCCCGGCUGCACCAGCAGGAACUGGAAGACCAAUGGAAGAAGUACCUGAACAGCACUGAGGACUACCUGGCUCGCCUGUGUGGACCAAGGCGCAGCCACCUCUUUCUCCCCAUGACUGUAGUGUAUGCGCUGAUUUUCGUGGUGGGAGUUGUGGGCAAUCUCCUGGUGUGCCUGGUGAUUCUUCGGGACCAGAUGAUGAAGACGCCAACCAACUACUACCUGUUCAGCCUGGCUGUCUCAGACCUCCUGGUCCUGCUCCUGGGAAUGCCCCUGGAGGUCUAUGAAAUGUGGCGCAACUACCCCUUCCUCUUUGGGCCUGUAGGUUGCUACUUCAAGACUGCGCUCUUUGAGACUGUGUGCUUCGCCUCCAUCCUCAGUGUCACCACGGUCAGCGUGGAGCGCUAUGUGGCGGUCCUCUAUCCUUUCCGUGCCAAGCUGGAGAGCACCAGGCAGCGGGCCCUCUGCAUCCUCGCCAUGGUCUGGGUCUUCUCCAUCGUCUUCUCUCUACCCAACGCAAGUGUCCAUGGCAUCAAACUCCACUACUUCCCCAAUGGGUCCUUGGUGCCUGGCUCUGCCACCUGUGAGGUCAUCAAGCCCCUGUGGAUCUACAACUUCAUCGUCCAGGUCACCUCCUUCCUCUUCUUCCUCCUCCCCAUGAGCCUCAUCAGUGUCCUCUACUACCUCAUGGGGCUCCGACUGAAGAAAGAUGAACCCCUUCAAGCAGAUGAAGUGACUGCAAAUAUUCAGAGACCUUCCAGAAAAUCAGUAAACAGGAUGCUGUUUGUCUUGGUCUUAGUGUUUGCCAUUUGUUGGACGCCGUUCCACAUCGAUCGCCUCUUCUUCAGCUUUGUGGAAGAAUGGACCGAAGCCUUGGCUGCUGUGUUCAACCUCAUCCACGUAGUAUCAGGUGUGUUCUUCUACCUAAGUUCUGCCGUGAACCCUAUCAUCUAUAACCUACUGUCUCGCCGCUUCCAGGCAGCAUUCCGAAAUCUGCUGUAUCCUGCCUGCAAGAGCUUCCACUCCCAGGAUCACCCACAAAGGCCAGGAGCCCAGCGGGACAUCUUCCUCACAGAUUGCCACCUCAUAGAGCUGACUGAAGAGGCAGGGCCCCAGGGCCCUGGCCAGCUGUCCAUCUGCACCUCUCGCCUGUCCACAACCCUAUCUGUGGAGCAGGCACCAUGA